GAUGUUCCCUCAUCGAGAGAUUCACAUAAAAUGUGUGUUGUAAAUAAGAAAGUUUAUCUUUGUGGUGGAAAAAAUAAUAUUGUUAGUAAAGAAUGCUUAGCUGGAAUGCAUGAAUUUGACACGGAAACUUGUAAGUGGAUAGCCGUUGAUACAACUGGGUAUUGUCCUCGUGACGUUGGGUUCUCUGCCUCAGUUGUAGAUAAAUCAAUAUAUACGUUUGGUGGAAUGCUGGGAGGAAUAACGACAAAUUCAAUGCGUUGCUUUAAUACAGAGCAAAAGUGUUGGAGUAUUAUUGAGACUAAAGGUUGCAGACCACAUCCUCGCUGUGACCAUACAAGUGAAGCUAUUCGUGACGUUAUUUAUAUUUUUGGUGGAGUUGGCAAUGUGAAUGAAUGGCUAAAUGAUUUACAUUGUUUUAAUACAACAACUCAAACUUGGAGUCAUCCUACCAUUCGAGGCGUCCCUCCUUCUCCAAGGUGUUCUCAUACAUUUGUAGCGCAUCGCGAUAAAGACAUAUAUGUUCUUGGUGGAUGGAGGAAAAAGAACAAAGAAGACAAAAUAGUGAGGAAUUUGAGAAAAUUAAGCAUCGGUAAUCAAAAAUGGAAAACAUUGUUAUGUGCUGGCGAACGCCCACCACCCCCAAUUUACGGACAUUGCUCGUUCAUAUGCCACAGUUCGAUGUAUAUUUUAGGAGGAAUGGGAAGUUCUGGUGAAUCUUCGAUGAAUGUCGUAUAUAUUCUGCGUCUUGUGAAUCCAUCUGAACGGAGUUUGGUUCUUGCACAAGCUUUAAAAGAUCUAUCUGAAGAUUGAA